AAGAUUGAAAGGGGGGAAGGGGAGCUGGCUAUUGGAAGAUACUUUUUUCAAAAACAAAAUAACGCUUGAUGGACAGCGUUUGCUUUGCCGAAAUGUCUCAAAUCUUUUGUCCCGGAUUGUCAACUUUAGACACUCAGUGUAUCCUUUCCCCGCUUUUUAGGUCCAGACAAGAGAACAGUUUUCCCGCCCCAACCCUGAAGAAACCUAAGAUAUCGCUGUAUACAUACAGGAAUAUCUUCAACAGGGAGUUCAACUUGAGUUUUGGUUUACCGCAAACAGAUACGUGCGCCAGGUGUGAAGCUUUAGACAUGGCAUUGUUGUCCUGUGGCGGGGAGGACGAGAUGAACCGCCUUCUAGAAGAGUGUCGAGAACACCAGGAAAAAGGGGGAAAUGGAUGCGAAUCCAAGAGGAGGGAUAAGCAGCGCACUCAACAAAGCUGGAAGGGCAAGACCCGCACCCUUGGAGAGAACAGCACUUCAAAAGACGCGAUUGACAUGAUAACUUUUGACUUCCAACAAAAUCUGCCCCCGCCACAUCUUCAUCACAAUGACAUUUUUCAUUUGAGACAGCUAUGGACAUAUAAUUUUGGCAUUCAUGACUGCAUUAACGAGCAAGGAUACAUGUUUUUAUUGAGUGAGACCACAGCAAAACGCGGUUCAUCAGAAUUUGCCUCAUGUCUCCAUAAAUUCUUCACAGAAUUCAAAUCAGGAGCAAGGUUAGUCGUUUGUUGCUGUAAACUCUUUAACAAAAAAAACCGUUAGCCUUAGGCAGGCAAGGAGGUAACGAGUGCUCUUGUCAUUUUUAUGUGCCUUGUAACAGAACAAAGCUCGGUUAAAUCCUUUUUGUAAUUGUUUUUUCAAGAAGUUCCUGCUAUGGAUUGUUAAAAAUGCGGGGUUUGUAAUGAUUUCGAAGCUGGGCUAGCGGAAAAUUGGCGAUGUUACCCAGGUUUUUACUCUCACAAGCACACUUAAUUUUUUAAAAUUUUUAUGAAUUUUUUGUAAGAAACAGUUGACGGGCCGCGAGUUUGAGAACAUUCUCAGAACAUGAUCGGGCUAAGCUGCCCAAGCUAAGAAAUGUGACUAGUAGAGUAAAGGGGGUUAGCUUUUAAAGAAAUUCUUGUGCCGCAUCGGUGAGGGUGUGGUACACCAAAAUUGGUCUUAUCAACUAAAUCCAUUUGCAGUGGCCAAUUUUCAUUAUCAAUUCCGUUGAUAAAACCACUAGAGUAAACCUACCAAUAUUUUUUUCCUUUACAGGUCACUUGUGAGUUAUUCUGAUGGAUGUUGCGGCCAAAACAAAAAUGUAACAAUAAUUGGUUUUUAUAAUGAAAUGCACCGAAAUAGAGUAUAUGAAAGAAUCGACCACAAAUAUCUUGAACGAGGCCACACAUUUUUGACAUGUUCUGUCAUCUCCCUGAGACAAUUGUCAAUCUUUAUUUAUCCUUUCUUUCAAUAGUGGGAGAUGCAAGCACAUGCAGAGAUAUUCCCAAACACUCUAACCUUAGAGAUGGAUUUUAACAAGUCUAUCAAAACACCUAAGGUCAGUGCCCAAAAUUUAAAUUUCAAAUUGAAACUUACAGCACAUCAGAUGAGUAUUUACUACGCAAACAACAAAGCUAUUCAUUGUUUCUUCUAUAACGAGACCAUCAGUAGGGCAGAACCAAAUGAGGUAAUAUCGCUUUUGGAUUACAUACUAAGUGAUAUCGAAGAUAAACUUGGAAAGAAUGACAUAUCAUUAAAUGGUGUGACGAUGCACCUGGAGAGUUCAAAGAGUGCUACUUGUUUUCUACAUUGAUCACUUUAUAAAAAACACCAACUCUUAAGAGCUAAUUUAAAAUUAUUGCACAAGGGUCACAUCUACUCUGUUUAAGACAGAUGAUUUGGAACUACACAAAGACUCUUCAAGAACCAAGAACUUGUUGACAUUCCAAAGACAUGGGCAGGUAUUUUGCAAAAAGGAAACCUAUCAAACCCCUCGGUUCACUGGGUCACACUAGAUAUGCUUAAAGACUAUUAAUCAUUUCUCUGGAUACAGUGCGUCACCUGAAACAAGGACUUAGCAAAAUUAAAUUUAAACAUAUUGCUUGGCUCAGUUACAGAUAUGGAGAAAGGAUUAAAAACAAAGGCCACCUUCAAUCUGUUUAUCAUCCUGAGAGUGUGUUCACUAGAUCCAAGAUGAAUGUUACACAACCACCAAAAAGUCUCCUUUACCAAGAAAUAAAACAAGGUGCUGAAUAUUUCUCUCCUGUGCAACAGGAAAGGCAGCUACUAAAUGUUGAUGUUAAACACUAUUAUGUCCAAAUAGCACAGAAGAACGUAUGUAAAAGUGCACUUUGACUUUCAGUCUCUGCCAUUCAUUGAGGAAAAGAAUGAAAAUAGCUCAGGUAGGAA